UACACGUGAAGUCGGCCUCAGAAAAUGUUUAUAACAGAGAAAAAAAUAAGGCUCGUCGAUGAAAAAUAAUUUUGUUCCAAAAGCUUAAAUAUUGCUUUUUCAGUGUAUGAAAUUAAAUUCGCUAUAUUCAUCUCAAUUCAGAUCUUUCUCUUCUUUUUUUUUUAUUUUUUUUCUUUUUAAUCGUAAGCUCUCCUUAAACCCUAGCUAAUUUUUCAUCUCAAUCCAUUUCUAAAAUCCGUAGCUUUGUACGGUAACGGAAUCGAAUUUAUCAAGGUGAUCGAUCCGGUGCUUGAUCGCUUCUCUAUGCAAUGGUGGUCUGCAAAUGCCGCAAGGCAACAAAGUUAUAUUGUUUUGUGCACAAGGUUCCAGUUUGUGGAGAAUGCAUCUGUUUUCCUGAGCAUCAAAUAUGUGUGAUUCGUACUUACUCGGAAUGGGUAAUAGAUGGAGAGUAUAACUGGCCUCCCAAGUGUUGCAAAUGCCAAGCUGUGCUUGAGGAGGGUGCUGGCUCUGAAACUACUCGGUUGGGUUGCUUACAUGUUAUACACACAAAUUGCUUGAUUUCUCAUAUCAAAAGCUUUCCUCUGCACACUGCACCUGCUGGCUAUACAUGUCCUUCAUGUUCUACAUCUAUAUGGCCUCCCAAGAAUGUAAAAGAUUCAGCAUCUCGUCUUCAUUCACUGCUGAAGGAGGCUAUCAUGCAGACUGGCAUGGAGAAGAAUUUGUUCGGGAAUCAUCCUCCACCUGCAUUUGCUUCAGAUCCUCUGGUAAACGUGAACUCUACUGGACGAAGGGAUCGUGAUGGGAAUUCAUUGUCCUCUGUGGCAAUAGAUGAAGGAUACUCAACUGUUGCAGGACCUUCUAAACUUUCGGUGACUGAAAUAAUGGAGAUAGAUGGUCCUAGUUCAGCUGAGAAUUAUAUUAAAGCUUCUAGUCCUGUUGCUCCUGUGGCUACAACUCGCAAGAGUACAGUUCAUGCUGAUCGACAAAAUUCAGAAAUCUCAUAUUAUGCAGAUGAUGAAGACGGAAAUCGUAAAAAGUAUUCUAGGAGGGGUCCACUUCGUCAUAAGUUUCUCAGAGCGUUGAUUCCCUUCUGGUCAAGUGCAUUACCAACUCUACCGGUGACUGCACCUCCGCGUAAAGAUGCAUCCAAUGCGGAUGAUGUCCCUGAAGGUUGGUUGAAGCAUCAAAGGUCAUCACGGAUGGAUCCACGAAAAAUCCUACUUUUCAUGGCAAUCAUGGCUUGCAUGGCGACCAUGGGUAUUCUGUAUUACAGAAUUGCGCAAAGAGCUCUGGGCGAGGGACUCAUUGAUGAUGAGCCGAUAGUAACUAAUUAAAGUUUCAACUGCUAUAAAACCUGCCUUGUCUGCUCUGACCUUAGCUUCGACAGCAGCGGUUGGGCAGAUGAAUUCCGAGGUACUUACUAUCCGUCAGUCCCCUCUUUUUAAAAUAUUUCCUAUUUGGUGUUAAUACAAAGAAAAAUUGUCAAUUCAAUGAAGUUAAAAAUGAAUGUUUACAUAGCUUUUCUUGGCCCCUUUUUGAGCUUUUUCUUCUUCUUCUAUGUUUUGUUGGUAUUGGAGUUUAAAUGAAUGACGUUGUAAAGAGGUACCUAAAUGCUUUUUACAAUAUUCAAGGUUUUUUUUUUUGCUUCAAA